CCGCAGCGUGUGUUCAGUUGUGCUCACAGUCUAAUGUGGCUCACUAGAAAUUUGUCUCAGAUACACAGAAGGAAAGAAACAAGCAAAUACAACAGGUCGCUUGGAAAAGCAACAGAUUCUGUCUCUCAGAAUGAGUGACGACACAGACUCCCCUCCUGAGAGGGAAAUGAAGGAUUUUCAAUUUCGUCAGAUGAAGAAAGCAAGAGUUUUUGAGCCCACUGAGGAGUUGCCAAAAGAAAGAUCUAGUCUGCUUACCAUCUCAAACAAAUUUGGUUUAACUUUUGUCGGGCUUGACAGAAGAUUCAAAGUUUACCUAACUCGAGAUAUACUGGCUGCUGAUAAAGCAGAUGGCAACUCCAACGAAAUAGUCAAUGGGAUACCACCAUUGGCGGAGGUUACUGUGGAGCUGACUGUGCACAACUUGGCUCUCAGUUGUGAUGAACUUACUUUGUCAGUAUGUGGCAUGUCUGAGGGGGCAGGUUUGUCCCUCACAUUCUAUGAUGUCCGCACCUUCGUGAACAAGGCGAGACCACAGAAGUUACCUUUUGCAUCACUGCAGCCAGCCGUACCCUCUGGCACUUUAGUGCAGGACCUGAAGUGGAACCCUGCUCAGGCUUCCACUCUGGCUGCCUGUCUGACUGAUGGCAGUAUGUUGGUUUUGGAUGUUACAGACAGUGUCAAGGUGCAGGCUGAGCUACCUGCUUCAAGUGGCAUCACAUGCAUUUGCUGGAGUCCAAAAGGAAAACAAGUUGCUGCAGGAAAAAUGAAUGCUACAGUCAGUCAGUACACACCAGCACUCGAAGAGAAGAAAGUUAUUCCAUGUCCACACUUUUACACUUCCUCCCCUGAUGAACCUGUCAAAGCUCUGGAUGUGCUGUGGCUGAAAACCUAUGUGUUUGCAGUGGUAUAUGCUGCUGCAGAUGGGUCCCUUGAGACCCCUCCUGAGCUAGUGUUGAUAUCCCUCCCAAAAAAGGAUGAGAAGAUGGAGACAAAGCAUCUGAACUUCAGUGACACAGUGUACGGCAGCUGCACUGAGCGACUACACCACUACUUCCUUAGCCACGUAGAGGACUGGGACCUUGUGUUUGCAGCCUCAGCAGCUUCCAUUGAGGUCAGCGUCAUAGCUAGACAAGACGACAAGAUCUGGGAACUUUGGAUCCUGGAAGAUGCGAGUAGGGCUGAGCUCCCAGUGACCGAGACAAAUGAAGACACUCUGCCCCUUGGUUUAGCCAUCGACUUCACCAGCCAGCAGGAGAUCCACAUCUCUGAUGAGAAGACCUUACCCCCAGCACCCACUAUGCUAAUGCUGUCCACGGAGGGAUUACUCUGCCCAUUCGCUCUACUCAACCUCAAUCCUGGGGUUAAGCAACUGGUCUCUCCCCCCAACCCCCUUCCCUUGGAGGGAGAGAGACUGCCCAAGCCAGGUUCUUUGGCCACCCAACCACCCAGAGUUGCUGCCUCCAUCCAAUCUGCCCCAGCAGCAUUCCCUAACCUCGGUCUUACUUCAGUAGCUGCGUCCAUUCCUCCAGCUCCUGCUGCUUCUUCUUCCGCUGCUCCAUUCAGCAUUGUCCCUACAGUUCCUGUCUCGUCGUCAUCAUCAAGCUUCACUUUCUCGGUCCCAUCCACCUGCUCCACCUCAGCCACUCCAGCUUUCUCCCUUGGGGGAACCACACCUUUUGGUUCAGGAUCUUCAGUCUUCUCCUUUGCCUCCAAACCUCCCUCUGACACUCCUUCAGCACUUUCAGCCUUUUCUUUCAGUACCCCUUCCAUCAAACCGUCAGCAGUGGCAGCCCCAGCUCCAGCUCCAACACCACAGAGCCUUGCCACUGCUUCCCCACCUACGGUGAAACUGAAUCUAAGUGAGAGGUUUUCAGCAGUGGAGACCCCAGCACCAGCCCCAGUGCCACAGUCUUUCUCCUUCAAUUCUCCACUGUCUAAAACCGUUGUCUCCAAUUCCAGUACUUUAACCGCCCCUCCGCUCUCAACCACUAAGCCACCAGCUGUAUUAGCUCCAGUACGUCCAGUUCAAACCAGCACGCCACCCACAGUUGUCCAGAAACCUACUCCUGCUGCCCAGGGCGGUGUCCAAACUCCACAGGCAGCUGUUAGUGUGAAGGCCCUGGAGAAGCAGCUACAGCAAAAGAAAGAGUCGGAUCACAUUAUGGCUGGUAUAUUGGAAGAGAUUGCACACUUCCAGAAGGAGAUGGAUGACCUUAAGGCAAGAAGCACACGAGCUGACUUCAAGGUUGGCACCAAUGAGGAGAUGAAGGAGUUGAGGAAAGAGUCAGAAGACCUCCAUAUAUUCACCUUGGAGAUCAAAGAAACUACAGAGUCUCUCCAUGGCGACAUUGGGACUCUCAAGACCACCUUAUUGGAAGGCUUUGCUGGGGCAGAAGAAGCCAUAGCCCAGAGCGAGCUGAGCAAAGACAGGCAUUACAGACAGCUGCUGUACAAAAAACCUCUGGACCCGCGCAGUGAGGAACAGCUCAAGGAGAUUCGCAGACUGUACCAGUAUGUUAUGUUUGCUGUGGAAGAUGUCAAUGAUGUGCUGGAUGUGGAAUGGGAGAAACACCUGGAGAAGAAGAAAAAACUGAAACACAUGGUCGUGCCAGGUCGUGAGGGUCUGUACACUACACUGGCCAAUAACCUGUACAUCAUCAACCAACAAAAGAACAGAUUGGACCAGUUGGUUAAGGAGCUCACUUCACUGCGGCUCUACAACAAGACUACCACGCCAACUAUAAACCGCAAUACUGCUACAGCAACAACUUCUGGUUUGGAAAGCGAGCUUGAGAGUUUAAGGGAUGCACUCCUGAAAGCCAGGCUGGACACUACCCCUCCCAAGACCAAAUCCAAAUCUCCAGUCAAGAUAUCACCGGUGAAACAAUCCCAGCUACGUAACUUCCUCUCAAAGGGGCAGAUGCCUCCUGUCCGCUCAACAGCACCAGCCAACCUGUCUCGCUCAGCCUUCCUUUCACCUAAAUACUAUGAGGACUUGGAUGAUGUGAGCUCCACCUCCUCCCUGUCCCAGUCCCUGGACCCCCACCCGGCUCACUUGGAGCUGGAGGAGGAAGAACUACAACCAGAGCCACUUCCAAUGACUGUCAUACCCCCAGCAUUGUCCAACCCCCGCCACCCCACAGUCGUGAGAACCCCCUCUAUCCAGCCUGGCUUCGGAGCCAUCCAGUCCACCCCUUUAACCAAAAUUCACUCAGUCCAGGGUAUGGGCUUCGGACUCAGCCCUAUUGCCAGCCCUAUUCCAACUAAUAAGAUCAACCUCAGCGGGGCUGAUAGCACUGCUCUUGCCACUAAGACAGUAAAACAUGGAGCCCCACCAACUGAGAGAACCAUACCUGUCACCAUCCCUGCCCAGCAGGCUGCAGCCACUGCUGCUCUACGCAGGCAUAUGGCCAAUCAGAAGACAGCUGUCGUCAGUACUUCCUUGACAGAGUCCACUUUGAAGACUGUUCCUCAGGUGGUCAAUGUUCAGGAGCUCAAGGACAAGGGGCCUCCUGUGCCAGUUUCCAAUAUCCUAAGCUCAUCGGUAUCUGAUCCAGCAGCUCAAGUCUUUGCAACAGUUUCUUCUAACCAGGCUAAACGAAAUCCUACCCAGGGUAUUCAGAAGAUGCCCACUGAAAGUACAACAACCCCACAAUCAAACUUUGUGUUUGGUCAACCGUCCAAAACUGAUGUUUCCGUGGUUCCUGCUAGCUCAGUGGAGCAAAGCAAAGGUUUCUCUUUCGCUUCAGGGUCCACAGGCUUCAGUUUUGCUUCAGUUACUCAGGGAGCUGGAAUGUCUCAAGUGAAGGAUGUGAAUAAAUUUUCCUUUAGUGGAAAUGGAAAGAUGGCGUUUGGCCAAACUGGAGAGGAGGCAUUCUCCAUCAUACCAAAGUCCACCUCCCCUGCUCUAGGCACUGGUUCCCCCACCCUGCCUCCAAACCCACCAGGAGACGCAGCCAAACCCACCGCUGCCGCAACUGCCCUCAGGAUAGAGCCACAGCCCCCUAAGACAAUUGGCGGAGAGACUCUGGGCAGUUUCUCUGGACUACGUGUGGGUCAAGGAGAAGAAGCUAAAGAUUCCUCCACCAAACCUUCUCCUGCCUCAUUUUCCUUUGGGGAAACUGGACUUGGGAUGGGCAAGGGAGCAGCACAAUUUAGCUUUGGUGCAGGUCUCCAAAGGUCUGCAGAAGAUUCAACAGGGGCAGACUUGUCCAAGGGGGCAACGUCAGGCAGUUUGUUCAAGCCUCCUGAAUCGAAUUCCAAGCCGGCCUUCACUGUUCCCCAGACUGGCUCAGCUGCCUCAGCUUUACCUACAUCUUUCAGUAGUCUUCUUGCAGCAUCGCCAGACUCCUCAGAGGAACCUAAAGCUCCCCCAAAACCUUCAGAACCCACACCACCCCCUGAAAAAGAAACUGCUUCUGUACCUGCUGUAGAGAGCACAAGUCCCCCUGUAGUAGCUGAGUCUGCAGGGGAUGCAUCCACCACAGAAAUCACAGCAUCCAAACCAACACCUGCAGCACCAACACCCGCACCUCCUGUGGCCGCCACGCCAGACCCUCUCUCCUCCAUCAACGCACCAACUGAAGCCUCCCCUCCAGCAGCAGUCAGUGCUGCUCCCACGAUGGAAGCCACCACAGACACCACCACCACCACCACGGCUCCUGUGCCCACUUCAGCUGCUGCCACCCCUGCCGUAGAAACUGUCUCCCAGGAAACACCAGCAGCAUUUCAGGUUCCCAGUUCUGACAAACCAGGUUCCAUUUUUACUCAGCCUGCUCCUGCAACAACAGACAGCAGUGCCCUUGGAGUCACACCAGUUAUCAACACAGUUGCCCAAGCAGCCACCACUCCCACCCCUACCAUUGUUAACAGUUCAGCUACUACUGCUAGCACUGUAUUCGGGCAACCUGCUGCACCUCCAGCGUCCUCAGCCCCCUCGGCCCCCGCAGCCCCAGCAAUCACAGGAUUUGGCUCAUCUGGGUUUGGUACAUCCACUGGAACUGGUUUUGGCAAAUCUGUAUUUGGCCAGGUGAGUGGCUUUGGCCAGCCCACCGCCAACACUGGAACGUCCAGUGGCUUUUCUUUUGGCCAGUCAGCAUUUGGAGCAAGUUCUAGUAGUGCGACUACUGGAGGGGGAGGUCUUUUUGGUGCUGCUACUGCUAGCAAUGCCAGUUCCUUCUCCUUUGGCACAAGCAGCGCCAACACAGCCAGCAGCACUGGCUCAGGGCUGUUUGGACAAAGCACAGCCCCAGCAUUUGGCCAGAGCUCUGGAUUUGGGCAAGGGUCUGUGUUUGGUAGUAACACCACCACAUCAUCAUCUACAGGAUUCAGCUUUGGACAGCCCUCAGGUUUUGGUUGCUCUUCUGCCACCCCUGUGUUCGGCCAACAAUCCAGCGGUGGGAGCGUGUUUGGACAGCAGCAGCCAUCGACUGGUGGGAGUCUGUUUGGUUCAAGUUCAGCCAAUACAGCAGGCUCAUCAGCUGCUGGAGGAUUCUUCAGUGGCCUCGGAGGCAAACCAACAGAGGAGGCUGCCAACAAGAACCCAUUUGGCACCGCAGCCUCUACUGGAGGGUUUGGGCAGUCUGCUCAGACAGGUAGCAACAGUCUGUUUGGGAAUAGUGGUGCCAAGACCUUUGGUUUUGGACAGGCAUCCUUUGGUGAGCAGAAACCUAGUGGGACCUUUAGCACUGGAGGAGGGAGUGUCGCAUCCCAGGGCUUUGGCUCCUUCUCUACUCCAACAAAACCAGGAGGAUUUGGCAGUGCUCCUGUGUUUGGGAGUCCCCCUUCUUUCGGUGGUUCCCCAGCAUUUGGUGGUGCAGCAUCGUUUGGCUCCAGCCCCUCAUUCAACAACAACAUAGGUUCCUCAGCUGGUAAGGUGUUUGGAGAGGGAACAGCGGCUGCCAACAUGGGAGGAUUUGGGUUUGCCUCACCUCCCAACGCCCCGUCCUUUGGCGCUCUUGCUAGUCAGAACGCUCCGUCAUUCGGGAGCCUGGCCCAGCAGGGCUCUGGGUUUGGAAAUCAGCCCAGUGGCUUCUCUGGCUUUGGACAACAGCCACAGGCAGGAGGAUUUUCUGGAAACACCUUUGGGUCUGCAAACCAAUCAAGUUCACAAACAUUUGCCAGUUGGAGAAGCUAGUUUUAUUAAUCCUCCAUGAGCUACAGUACUUUCUGCAAUCAAGUCCUUUGUGCCACACAAUGGGAGGAGGGAAAGGGGAAGACUGUGUUGCUUUUGGGUUGAAGGGGUAAAUAAAGUAAACUAGAAAACUUUUGUAUGUUUUAGAAAAAAAUACAAGUUUUCAAGCAGCUUGCAGAGUGCAGUUCAUGCUCUACGUACAUUAUUCAUUGAGGAAGUUCAUGCCGUAUUACAUGGUCUUAAUAUUUUUUUUUACGACACAGGAGAAUCAAGUAUUGACAGAAAACAGAAGACAGGUCAAUGUGAGGUACCUGGAAAAACAGAUUUUCUGUAAUGCUUUUAAAAAUCAUAAAAUAUACAAAAACAUCAUUUUAUGAUCUUUUUCAGAAACUAGUCACAUACAUUGCUACAUGUUGAUGUAGUUUACAGACUUCAGUAUCAUAUUCUUUAUCGUCAUAACAUUCAUACUCCAGAAUGAUGUUGAUUUCUGUCCAGCAUUUUAAAAAUUUACUUUCUGCACUUUGAAACAUCAGUGUACAAAAAGUUAUGAACAUUACACUAUAGUGGCGCUAUGUAGAAUGGUGUUCUCAGCAUUGCUAUAUAAAACACUGUUCAAUGCAGUUCUAUCUAACUGUUCAUACACAAAUUUGCUAAAAAUGUACACCCAUGUAGAAUGUACCAAAAUUUAACAAACCCAACAUCUUGAACUAAGAUUAAAGAAGUUGUGCUUUGAAUUUCAAAAAAAAAAAACAUUAUAUUUUCCAUUUCAAAUAAUUUUUGCAGUAAAUCCCCUCUUGAUGUAUAUUUUUACACAAAAAGGUGGAAAUAAAAUUUCUCAAACAAG